AAAUACCCCUCAAAACAAACCAAACAAGAGAUCAAAUCAUGACUCUUUCAAUCUUUACAUACCUCUUUGCAUUUCUCCUAAUAUUUUCACUUUUUUCAAAUGUAGCAAACUCAUCAAAUGACAAUCAAGCAAACUUUCUUCAUUGUCUUUCAAAAAACAUUAGUCCACCAAACCCAUUUCCUACAUCAUGUUACACCCCAAGUAACGCUUCCUUUGCUUCUAUCCUUAACUCAACUGCUAACAAUCUAAGGUACUUAUUACCUUCAGUUGAAAAACCCCAGCUAAUCUAUAUGCCUUUAGAUGAAUCCCAUGUACAAGCAGCUGUUAUAUGUGCCAAAAACCUUGGGAUUCAACUAAGGGUUAGAAGCGGGGGCCACGACUACGAGGGUGUGUCCUAUGCCUCUGAGAUGGGGGACCCGUUUGUGGUUGUCGACUUGUCGAAACUUCGAUCUGUCAUUGUCAAUAUCGAUGAUAAUAGUGCGUGGGUUGAGGCGGGUGCAACUACAGGGGAGUUGUAUUACAGGAUAUCAGAGCAGAGUAAAGUGCACGGUUUUCCUGCAGGACUAUGCACAAGUUUGGGUAUAGGAGGCCAUAUUACUGGUGGGGCUUAUGGCUCUAUGAUGAGAAAAUAUGGCCUAGGUGUCGAUAAUGUGAUCGAUGUUCGUUUAGUCGAUCCAAAUGGGAAAAUUCUAGACCGGGAAUCGAUGGGGGAGGACUUGUUUUGGGCUGUUCGAGGCGGUGGUGGAGGUAGUUUUGGUGUAAUUCUUGCUUGGAAGGUAAAACUUGUUCCUGUACCUGAAACUGUAACAACUUUUACAGUUCCAAGGACAUUGGAACAAGGUUUGACUAAACUUUUGUAUAGAUGGCAGCAAAUUGCUGAUAAACUUGAUGAAAAUCUUUUCAUCAGGGUAGAAAUUAUGCCAGGCACACAUCCAAACAGUACUGAAAAAACCGUGCAAGCCUUAUUUAACGCGCUGUAUUUAGGCAGCGGAAAUCAACUUAUGCAAACCAUGGCUAGGAGUUUCCCUGAAUUGGGAUUAACCCACAUGGAUUGUAAUGAAAUGAGUUGGAUUGAGUCAGUUGUUUACAUUGGAGGGUACCCUACAGGGACUACCCCUGAUGUUUUACUCCAAGGGAAGCCCUUAUUUAGGAACUACUUUAAGGCCAAAUCUGACUUUGUUAGAGAACCGAUUCCUGAAGCUGGACUUGAAGGACUAUGGAAGAAGCUAUUGGAGACUGACAGUUAUAUCAUGAUAUGGAACCCAUAUGGUGGGAUGAUGAGUAGAGUACCGGAAUCUGAAACCCCAUUUCCUCAUAGGAAAGGAACGAUAUACAAGAUCCAAUAUGUUUCGACUUGGCAAGACGCAGGCGAGGCUAGCGAGAAUAAGAACAUGGCUUGGAUUAGGGACUUAUAUGAUUAUAUGGAACCUUAUGUCUCACAAAAUCCUAGGGAAGCUUAUGUCAAUUAUAGGGAUCUUGAUUUGGGGAUGAACAAAGAUGGUGAUACUAAUGUUAAUGACGCUAGAACUUGGGGAUUGAAGUAUUUUAAAAAUAAUUUUGAUAGGUUAGUGAAAAUUAAGACAAAAUUUGACCCCGAAAACUUUUUUAGGCAUGAGCAAAGUAUUCCUCCUCUUCCUUUACACAGCAAGAAGAUUAAGAAGGACAAAAAAUUUCACUUCCAUAAGGUUGGGAAACAUCAUAAAAAAGACGGGUGUUAGAAAUUUGUGUUAUAUUUAUGAUCCAUGAGUCUUAAUAGUGGCUAAUUUAUACUUAAUCUGAUAUGUACUGAUAAUAACAAGGGAACAAGUUUGUUGUUGAGUCUAUAGUUAUGUGUGCAGAAGCAUUUUUUGCAUUUGGGUGCAUGAAAUUUUUGUGUAAUUUGUUAUGUUUUGUGUCUAAUUAUAAAAGAAAUUUUCUGUUUUGAAUUCU